GGAAGGUCCGCAGAGCGUGCAGCUUCGCAACUUUCUCUAUACUUUCCUCCUCAAAUAUUUCGCACUCUCUCUACCGUCGUUGCAUAAAUUAUUACCAUCUUGACGAACGUCUCCAAAAUAUUUUGCACACCUGUCGUACAAACGGCUUUCGACACUCUUUUUCUGUUUAACGCAAUUACAGAAAAUCUGGAUAUCAAUUCUGCCCGUUACUUCCGUUUCUUUCAAAUUUAAUUCUCUACAGAAGAGUACGAGAUGCUGAAGUUAAAAACGUUUUAACUUAUCGAGAAAAUUGUGUGAAAUCAAGGAGCAGAAUAGCUGGUGCACAUCAGUGUUGACAGGACACCGGUACUCGAAACCGGGAUCCUCGUGAGCGCGUUGAACGCAGUCGUGAUUAUUGAGACCUCAAGAAUACUGCAGCAGUUUUUCGUCGAGUGAGUUUCUGCGUAUCCUCGCGAAGGAAGAGGAAUUGAAAAAGAAAACUCUUAUCCAAUCAAUAUGAAAGUGUGUUACGAUUCGCUUUCAAAGAUAUCGGGAUUGAUGUAUACGUGAUUGGAUGAGGCGCACAGCAUAAAUCCUUGUGAAUAAAUGAAAAUGGUGAAAAAUCAAUAAAUAUCAGUAUAAUAAAUCUCUUAUUGUUGUGCGGGAGCCAAUUUCUCCUGAAUUGUGCUUAACGAUAAGAAAUCAAGCUUGUGUGUGGCGCUAACGCGAAUUACUCUAUCAUCACUUUUUGCAAGAAGUCAACUUGCCAAUAAACGAAUCAAAAAGGAAGAGAAAAGAAAAAACUGUUUUCGACUUUGAUCCGAAUUCCGAGCCGCGCAAACACCGAACGGGCAUCCGAAACGAGCGAGGCUUGACAUCUUAACAUUUCCGAGAGAUUGCUUUCGGCAGUAACGCAGAGGUGACAACUCGCGGAGCUACCAAAACAACCAGAACAAUAUCGGCGAGGAGGAGAGCGACGCGCGUCUUUUGAGAAAUCGGAAGUGCGGAUCGUGGAACAAAGGCACGAAUAUGUCCUGAGUCCUGAUGGGGCGCUGCGCACCCCGAGAACCAGCAACUCCCCGAAGAGGGGAAACGCCGGAGAGCUUUAGGAGAAAAAGUGAUAGAAUUGACACGGAUUACUAAAAGGGCCUCGUGACGGAGGGGCUUCGCACAGCCCUGGCGCGGCUGCGGCAAUGCUCGGGUAGUUCGCUGCCCAACUCCCCAAAUCCACCCGCAACCCCGGAACACAAAGCGCACGGAUGUCCGGACAGCCCUGGCAAGGGGGGCGGGGGUGGCAGUGGAAAUGGGAGUGGGGCUAAUUCGAGAAGGCCGCAGUCGCCGCCGUCGCGGCAUCAGAACGCCGUGUCCCACGCGUUGGACGGGGACUCACUGGCCCACAUGGCUUCCGCCUUGAAGAGGAGAUUCCACUUCAAGUCGACCGGCGGGAGUCGCAGCUACACUCGCACCGUGCCGAAGGUGGUCGUGAUGGGCAGCAGUACGGCUUCGGAAACCACCAUAAACACCAGCACCGACAGUACCAACACGAUGGUCACCAUGGUCACGACGACGGACGGCGAACAGGCGGAUGAUAGUCUGGACUACCUGGACGGAACCCCGGAGAUGUCACCUCCCCCAGUCAACGCCCACCCCAACCCCCAGUCCCAGAGCUCGGAUACCGGCUACGGUUCGUACCCAGGUGCGAACCAUUCGGUGAGCACGACUAACUUGCAUAAUGCCCAGAGCACACCCACCCUCCGACACUCGACCGUCACGGGCAUCCAGAUCGAAAGCUCGACCAACUCGACGGAAAGCCCGAAAGCUCCGCCGCCCACGCCCCUCAUCGGCUCGCAGCAGGAGGCCAGGUUCACCUUCGUCAGCGGGCGGACACCCCCAUUGCCCGACCUUCGGGUAACGGACUUUUUUAGUACGCCUGUUAGAGGAUCCGUCGACGCUGGUCAGCCGGACCCGAACCAGAUCAACUCGCUGCUGACGCUGGUCGCUGCGAAAGAGAGGAAAAACUCAACGGCCGGUAAUAACAGCGGGUUAAAAAACUCUCAGCGAUCGGAGGGUGAGAAAAACGGGAGUGAAUCAGGAAAGGGAAAUCAAAAGGUCGUCAAAGCCAAUAUCAACGUGACGACGAACCCCUUGGAUAUUACUUUGUGCAGUGGGCAGACCCCAUCCAACGCCCAGGCCUCAACCGGAAGUAGAGUUCGCGCAGGCAGAGCGGCAGAAUGCCAUCCCCUCGUUUCAACAAUUCAUUCAUGGGUCAGGCUAUUUUUCCCGUUUUGCGCCAUAGGCACAAGUAGCGGUAGCAACAAAAGGACCACGCAAGCUACCAUUGUUGUUCAACAACCGUCUCUGUCCCUGGACGCACCUGCGGCGACGAUACUUCUUCGGCCGGACGCUGACAUCAGACGACGCGAAGACAACAUGCGUCAACUCCUCGACGUCGCCAAUACACUCACGUUGCAGGAGAUCCACGACUUCGAGAUGCGGCACGGAAGUCCUCAUCACAGCAGGUCGCAAUCCGUCAAGACACCAGGCAGCCGGGCGUCGGGACGCCCGAACUACUUGUGCCUACCUCAGCAGCGUUCGCGCGUUGCUAGCAUGCCUAACACGGGUGUCGAGGAGGAGUAUUACAGGCUGAGACACUUCAGCAUCACUGGGAAAGGGAUUGUGAACAGAGGAGACUCCCUAAAGAGUCGAAGAUCCAGGUCCAACAACAGCGUCGCGUCCAGCAAUUCGAGCACCGAACAUUUGACAGCUUCUUAUCCAGGCUCCGCGCGGACGUCGGCUGCAGGAUCUUUGGCAAGUUCACGGGAGAGUAGCGCGUCCCAAGGACCUGCUCCGUACCGUGUUUUGAUGCUAGGCGCUCCUGCUGUUGGCAAAAGCUCCCUGGUCUCCCAGUUCAUGACAUCCGAGUAUCUCCAUGCCUACGACACAUCAAUAGAUGAUGAGUCUGGGGAAAAGACGGUCAGCGUUCUUCUGGAUGACGAGGAAUCCGAGCUCACCUUCAUCGAGUCCUCCGCUGACGUGACUACCGAGGACUGCAUAGGAAUCUACGAACCACACGCCUAUUGUGUUGUCUAUUCAACAAUUGACAGCAGCUCCGUGCACGCUGCCGAAAAAGUUUUGCAAACACUCUGGCGACUGGAUCACGUUUCUUCCAAAGCCGUGAUACUUGUUGGGAACAAAAUUGAUCUCGUCAGGGGAACGCUCUUCUCAGCCGAGGAGGGUAAGUCUAUGGCGACUUCGUACGACUGUAAAUUCAUCGAGACCUCGGUGGUCAUCAAUCACAACGUUGACGAACUCCUCGUCGGACUUCUGUCCCAAAUACGUCUUAAACUUGAGAAUCCAGAACACGCUCGCGACCUCCUGCGCAAGAGAUCACGGAAGAACAGGAACAGGUCACCCUUAGGAUCCUGCUCGGAGAAUAACUCGCCGAAGAAGUACAGGGGCAGCAGAACCAGCGCCAGUCUCAAGGUGAGGACACUCCUGGAGAAGGUCUGGGCUCGUGACAGUAAGUCGAAGAGUUGUGAGAACCUCCACGUCUUGUAGGGAAGACCGAAGAAGGCGCGUGGUUCGUGCAAAGUAGGCAAGACUUCCGGCGAGGGUGAGAAGAGAAGUCUGCAAGCCGGGGAUCACGCGACACCUACUUUGGAUGAAUCUACGCGUCGGGCCCGCUAGUUUUGUUCAGGAUACAAAUUCACCGUCGCGAUUUCCUGCUUUUUGGUACAAACGUACCUGGGAACCGGCUGCUUUUCACAUCAUCGGGCACUGACGAUGAACCGAGGAUUCGAGGGUUGCGAAACGUGCGUUAAUUUAUUUGACAACUCGUGUCAACCUAUUUGCCUCCUCUUUGAUCUUCGUCGCCGCGCAUGUAGGG